GGAGGCUGUUUGUUUUUCAGUGGCAGAGUCAAGAGUAGAUUUUUUUAAAAAUGGAGACGGAUAACCUGGAAAUGCGUCUUCAGGCGCUGGAGAGUCGUAUAUACGGCGAGAGAAGAAACAAAAGUGGAAAACCCGUGAAGUGUGCAGAGUCUUUGGCCAGGAUUCAGGCAGGUCUGACCAACACAGCCAACAAGAGAGAACGAGUAAAGAUCCUGCAUAAGAAGAUUGAGGACCUUCUGAAGUAUCUGGACCCCCAGUUCACCGACCACAUCACCGUACCAGACGCCAUGAAGCUGGAGUUCAUCCUCGCUGAGGAGGACUUUCUGCUUUCCCAGGCUGCUUUGCUGGAACAGGUCAGCAGCCUGCAGCCACUGUUGGACAGCACCCACAUCAGAGAUGUACCAGAACACGCCACCAAGUUGCAGCGCCUGUCACAGAUUCACAUCAAACAGCAGGACCAAACUGAAGCUCAGUCCCAGGAAGUGAAGAAGCUUUUUGAGGAAUACAACAAAAUGAUGUUCCUGCUCUCCAAGCAGUUCACUCAGUGGGACGAAAUCCUGAGGAAGAUGGAGGAGGCCAAGGGCAUCCGGCCUGUGGAGUAGUUGCUGUUAACACACACUUCUGAUGAGGAUGGUGACAAUAAAGAAGACUGCACUUUGGUGGGAGCUUUAGACCAGACAAGUGUUCCACACAUGGUUUGUUCUUCCCCAAGAAUUCAGAACAAAAUGAGACAAAAGGAUUCCAACAUUACACUGUUUUGUUUUUAACUGUUCAUCGAUUCGCCACCAGAAUUUAAUUGAAUCUGGUGAAAUAACUUUGAUAUGAUGUUGGUUUUAGAAUAUUCUCCAUCCCAAACAAAUGAUUUCACUUAAAACACAAUUGUUUCAAAUGAAAAAUCUGGGGGUUUAAUAUAAGUUCAGAUGUUUUGUAAAACUGUAUUUUUUGCAUCAGUGGAGAAAAAUGUAGCCCUCAUAACUAACGAGUCAUUCCUCUGUUAAGCGUACCUGCAUGUGUGGACCUACCAGGUAAACUGGCACUAGGUGAUGUACCACUCACACAGACCCAGUUGUACAGUGAAACUGGAAUGUAAGGAGCGGCAUAAACAUAAAAUGUAGAGGAACUCAGUCGCACAUGAGUCUUCAGUCACCUGAAGGAACUCACUCCCAUCAUGUGAUGUGUGGCUCAGACAGGCGCUAAGAUGCUGUUGUUAUUUAUUUUCAGGCUACAGAGCUUUUUUUAUGCUCGUGUAUUGACUUUGCUUGUAAUGCAUUCCAACACUUCUUUUCUACAGCAAGACUUGUCCUGUCCAUCACUUAUUCACUGACACACAUCCAUAUUUCCAUAUCCUCUUCAAGGCUUUAGUUUUUGCCUUCUGACAAGCUGAGUUGCAGAAACAUAGCUCCACAGUAGCUUCACAUAAAUGUAACAUGCUAUUACUAAUAAAGUGCACUGUGCACAGGUA